CUUAUUUAUUUAUUUAUUUGUACUUAAAACAAGUAUUUGACCAUUAUACUUACAUUUUAAAUUAAGUGUGUUUGUAAACUGCGCUGCAAAGAAAAUGAACCAUUUCCUUGUUUCCAGUGGGGGUAAUUAUGUUGUUACUCCGCUGAGCUCCCUUGAACUGUUUUUGAUUGGCGUUUACUUCAAACCAGGCGGCGGAAGAAGUUUAGAAAGACUCAGACGGUAAUCAUUUCGUUAUGUGAUACAUGUCCCUGUGAAUGAAUAACUGUAAAGUGACAUCAUAUUGAAGAAACUAAGAAAUGGCAGCAUCAGAAGUGGAGUUCCUGAGGGACGAAGUGCAGAGGCUGAGUUCUGUUCUCCGACAGUACCAAGAAGGACGUCAUACCCACUCAGCAUCUGCACAGGGAGGAUUACUUGGAGAAAACGAAUCCCCUGCUACUUGGCUCACAGACAAAAGCCUCAUGGCACCCCUCAUAGCAGAAUAUGACAGACAUGUGGAAGACAUGAGUGAGCAGCUGCAGUACUACAAGGCACAAAUGGGUGAGAUGAAGCUGAAACUGGAAAAAGUAAUAAAAGAAAAUGAAAGGCUUCAUGCAGAAUUGAGGGAAUCGAUAGAAAAACAAUUACAGUUCCUACCUUCUGGAUCUGGCCUUGAAAGCGAUUCUCUUCCUGAAGGUGGAGUCAUUACUAAUCUCCAAGAACAAAUACAACUGUCUAAUCAGGAAAAGGAACAGGCACUGGAGUUGUGGCAGUCUGUUUCACAAGAACUCGAUCGACUGCAGCAGCUGUACCAGAAGACAAUGGCAGAGGCGCAGAUCCAUGUGGCUGAGAGGCAACAGUUGAAAGAUCAACUGGCACAUGUUCAACAACUUGCUCAGCAGCUCCAAUUAGCCAAUCAAAAGCUGGAGUCGACCAACCAGCAGUUUCUGAAAACCAUGACAGAGCAGAGUUCAGAGCUGGAGCAACUACGCACCCAGCAGAGACAUGCAAAAUUAGACUUGAGAACAGCUACAACAAAAGUGGAAGAAAUGACAAAGAUAAUGGAGAAUCUUCAGGAACAGAUGCAAAGAAGGGAGGAAGAUGUGGUGUCAGCCCAGGGGAGAGAAGAGGCUUCAGACAGGCGGUUGCAGCAACUGCAAUCUUCUAUCGCCCAGUUAGAAACCAGAUUGAAAGUGGCUGUCCAGGAGGCUGAACAGUUUAGAAAAGAGAGGACUGCUUGGGAGAGACAAAUCGGAGAGCUACAGGGAAAGUGUGCCGGGCUGGAUGAAGAGAAAUAUGAAGCAGUUUCAAAGGUUCGAGACAGCAUUCAGCUGGCAGAGGAAACAACUCUGCAGAAAGAUCAGGCCCUUCUGAGAGAGAAACAAAAAGAUGAAGAGGUGGAGAAAAUGAAGGAAGCAAUGGCUCGGUUAAUUCAGGAUGCUGCACUUCGAACAAGAAAAGAGGUUGAAAAUGUAAGAAAGCAAUGCAAUAUGCAAAUCUACAGAUUGGCAGAAGAACUUUCUGCUUUGCAACUGGAAUGUGGCAACAAGGAAGGGCAGAUUGAAAGAGCAAUUCGGGAGAAACGAGCUGUGGAAGAGGAACUUGAAAAGAUGUAUCGCGAGGGCCGAGGCACUGAGGCAGAUUACAGGAAGAUGGAUGAGCUCCACCAGAGAUGUCUCAAUGCUGAACGUGCCAAAGACGAUCUGCAAAUAACUCUACAGGCAACGCAGAACAAAAUCCGAAAAUUAGAGAUGAUCUCUGAGGAGGAGAUGUCCCGCUGUCAGGAGACCAUUGGGAAGUUGCAGGGCACUGUGGAGGUGAUCCGAGGGGACUGUGACACUGUCAGCGAGGAGAGGUUGAGGCUUCUGCAGGAGAACGAUCGACUCCGCAAGGAAAUGGAGGAGUUGAGAAAGUCCAGCCUUGAGGUGCAGAGGAAGGCAAAGCAACAGGUCUUAGCAAUGGAGCACGAUCAUUCGAUGAAGGAGUGCAGUCUGGAAGCACGCGUGAGGGAGCUAGAGGACAGCAGCCGCAACUCCACAAAUGAACUCAACCGCCUGCUGAUGGCUCAGCAGAAAACCACCAAGCGCUGGAAGGAGGAGGCCCGGAAGCUGGCAGAAGCCUUUGAGGUGCAAUUAAACAACCUGAAGAGUGAAUUGAGUCGACAAAAGCAACGCUCCCAGGAACUGGUUGCUCAGCUCCAAACAGAACACGAAAAUAUUUCGGAGUAUGAAAAACUAACAGCGGAAUAUCAGGAGAAAGCCAGCAGACUACAAAAGCGUCUCUUGCAAGCAGAACAGAGAGCAUCCACAGCUUCCCAACAGCUCAGUAAAAUAACACCACAGAGAAGAACACCACCCUCCAUGGUGGAUCUGGACACUAUGUGAACUAAGAAAAUAUUGCCAAUUAUGGAUUUCAGUGCCACCGUGUACACUGGCAUACAUGUAACUGUAUACAAAAACAUGUGUAUCAGAUAAGGAACUGGUGUGAAACAAUAAGAUGUAAUAUUCACUUAACAUUUGAAAGUAUAAUUCAAUAAAAUCAAAUCACCAGGGAGGAAGUAUUGUUGGGUGGUGAGGAUCUGUACAAUGUGUUGUGUGUGUGUGUUUUUUUUAAAGGUACUGUACUCUUAAUAGGGAUCAGGAAACAUCAUUUACUCUUACAUGAGAAGACAAAUGCCAUUCUCGUAAUUUAAUGAUUUAAAUAUAAAUGUCAUUUUAGAACUAAUGGCACAUUUCCCUCAUCCGCUUUGAAAUUGGCAGUGGACCAAGAUCAAACUGGUUUGGGUAGGGACUUUUGUCAGCCCCAGUUAGGACUGUGGGCUGGUAGAAUUCUCUCUCCAGUUUACUCAGAUGUGAGAAGUUACCUAAUGCGCAUGACAUACAAAAGGAUUAUUUUUUUUUAUUUUUUUAUUUUAUCUGAAAUGUAUGUUGCUAUUUGGCAUGUGUAACACAUCCAUGACAGCAAUUGAGUUAAAAAGUAAUUCUCCUCGAAACAGGAGUUUUAUCCUUUUAUAUACACAAACUGAUAGUGACUUUAUUUCACUGCUUUUCGUAGAAACAAAUCAGAUACUAAUAUUGUUCUGUAUUUUCUAAAUUAUUAAUACAUAAAAUUAUGCAUCCAUUUACAAGAAGUGCCUUUUGUUUUUAAGGUGAGUUUACAGACACACACAUAGGUCAUAUUGUGUGCUACAAUGUAAACUUGAUUCCCUAAAAUUACUGACCGCUUAUCUAAAACAAAGUCCAUUGGUGUAACAUAUCAGUUUGCAAACUAGCUGAAACCAAAACAGAAUGUAAUUCAAAGCAUAACCAGUACUCCAAUAAAAAGAUUUUAGGACAAGACGUAUGUACAGUAGACAAACCUUCCCCCUCCCCUCAACAAACACAAACUCCCAGUACAGUGAAAAAGCUACCAGUUAGAAAUCUACAAAAACAUGACAAGCUUUAUGUAUUGCAAAAUGUACAGCAGUUUAUUCACAGACAAAAAGGUACAAUUCCUUUAUAUUUACAUUCAUAAACAAAAACACUGUUGUCCUUGACUGCUUUUAUAAAUACUUUCAAAAGAAAAAAUAAAUAAAUACAGCAAAGGGCCAUGUCAUAUAAAAUAGUUUUUUUUUACUGUAAAUUACAGAGUAUGCACAACUACAGCAAGUCAAAUAAAUGUACAACACAUAUCCCUUUAUUUACACGUCUUCCUUUUAGACAUGCCAGAGCAACUUUUACAGAAGCUUCAUUAACUUAAACUACUAUGACUGUAUAGCAGUUUGAAUGUGUUCAGCACAGUAUUGUACAUUUUUAAAAGGUACAAAGUAGUUUGUGCAAUGUUAUUAAAAGGAUUUCCGCUUGCACAUUGAUCUAUUGUAUCAUGAUCAAGUAAGGUAUGACACUGAAAAUACAUUGUCAAUGGACAGAUCUCAAACAUCAUUACAAUUAUGUGCAUUCAUAAGCAUCUCACAGACAUCUCUGUAGUUGUUAUGUCUAUAAUCAAGACUAUGGGGAAAAUAUGGCUACCAGCUUGAAUGUAAAUUAAAGUAAAACAUACAUUUUUGCAUGUGCAGAGAAGCAAUGAUUUUAACCUCAUAUUUUGUUUAAACUUUUUUUUGCAACUGCUGAGGAAAUUGUAAAAAAACAAACAAACAAAAAAAAAACUUUUCAUAUGCAUAAGAAUACGAAAGACCAAUUAAGACAGCUUGUGUCUCCAAAUGCAUAUUUUCUUUCCUGACAUUUCUGAGAUUCAAAAAACUCACAAUAAACCUUUAAAUCUAACACUGUGUUUAUUCAUUUUCUCCAAAAAAGGUAUUAUUCUUUUAUUGCUGGCAGCCCAAUAUAUUAUUAUUGCUUAUUGUAGAUAAAUCACAAAAUGUUUUAUUAUAAAGAGGGGCUGUAGGGGACUGCAGACCCCACAUUUGGCAAGAGCUCAAACUCUAUGAUUAAACGUAUUGUACAUGUCACAAAACUAAGGGUCACAAUAAAACUACCAGAAGCAAAUGAUUCGCUGGCUUUAAGCCUCUUCUUAGCCUUUCCAGAAAAAAAGGAGUUUUCUACUGUGUGUUACAAAUCAUGUGUUGAAUUGUUUGAAUCCGGCAGUGGAUCAGGACCUUUCCUUUUAAAUAUAUUAGUUAUUAUUGUAAUAACAAAUAUGUUCAAAGUAAUACCUUUGUUUCAGUGUCUGCCCUGGAGACUAGACAUUAGUACAGAUCUUUCUCUACCCUCCAAAAGGAGACAACUAGGCUGGUACAUAUUGCUGCUUCAGUCAUACCCUUCCUAGCAGGGAUCACUGAAGAGUGAAAUAAAGACCUCUGAGAAAAGACAGGGAUAACAAGGAUUACCGCAAUAGACUUAUUUUACUUGCGGUUGAAAAAGUGGCUAAAAAUUGCCAAAUUAAGUAAACUUCAAUAUAACUUUCCACAAACAAAAAUGUGGCAAACAAUGCCAUGGAAGCAACUACCAAAGUUGACAAAAUCAACAUAAUUAGGUGCUGCAGUGCAUAAUGAUAAUCAUUUACCAUAUUGUCAUUUUCAAUUUUUUUUUUUUUCUUUAACAAAAAUAAA